GUUUUCGAAUCGAAAAAAUGUCUUCGGCAGACAAUAAACAAUUUUGGACGGCUUUCAUAAGAAUUUACCGCAACCAUCCGGCAUUGUGGAACUGCAAGAGCAAAUUAUACUCAGACAAGAACGUUCGAAAUGAAGCGUACAAUCUUUUAAUAGAAAAAGCAAAGGAAAUUACCCCGAAUGCGGAUUUAAGGUUUGUCCGCGCGAAAAUAGAAUCUCUUCGUGCUUCGUUUCGUAGGGAACUUAGAAAGGUAAAAGCGUCUAUGAAUCGCACCGAAAGUUCAAUGGAAGAUGUCUAUGAACCCACUCUCUGGUAUUAUGAUCUUCUCAGCUUCCUCGCGGACCAGGAGGAACUGCGGCCCGCAGCCUCUCCAAUUGCCAAGUGCAAAACGAACAAAAAAUGCAGAAUAGAUUCUUGGGAAACAGAGUGUCCAAAGGAAUCCCCAAAAUACUCAAGUCAGCCUCGGUUAAAAAGAAAAACUAGAAAUGAGGUUGACAAUAAUAAGGAGUAUAUUAUUGAUGCGGCAGCGAAUCUGUUGGCUAACCAUUCCUCUUCGGCAAUAUUCGGAACCUACGUCGGACGUAAACUGGAAGAAAUGGAUUGCAGACAACGCAUUAUAGCAGAGAAACUAAUUACUGAUGUUUUGUUUCACGGUAAGAUGGGGAACUUAAAGGAAACUGCCGUGGUUCGCAUAGAUUCAUCAACAUCACCGCCAGGAGAUAUACAACCAUCAUCUCAAUCGAACAGCAGAAAUUCGUGCGAAUACGGACACGAAAAGCAGCCCGUAACUGCAGAGCUGAUAGAAUACGAUAUGGAUACAGAAGAAGAAUUCAUUAUUAAUGAUUGAGCUUGUGUGUCAGUCAAAAAUGAGUUAUUUGCGUGAGUUACAAAAAUUUUGCGAGUUAUUUUUUUGUAUGAAUGUAGUAUGAAAGUAUAUAUAUUAUGCUAUUUUUUAAAUGUAUAAAAA